AAGCUUUUCCCAAAUGGUAUAAACAGGCAGAAUAUUAAAGCCACAUAGUUUCACUUUUUUAUAAAGUAGGACAAAAGUCUCCAGUCAUCACUCACUGCACUGCCUACACCCCAAAAAAUGGAGUCAAUUCCACCACCUCCUCUUCUUCUUCCUCAGCAUCAUUGCUGUCCUCCGCCACUCCACCGCUGUGUCACCCUUCCCCAAGGAAGCAAAAGCUCAAAACUCCUUCAACAUGAUUUGGCUUCAAGGCGGGGCGGGCUGCUCAUCGAUGCUAGCCAACUUCUACGAGUUUGGGCCGUGGCUAGUGAAGCAAGAUCUCUCACUCGGGCCUAAUCCAGGUUCUUGGAACAGAAUCUUUGGAUUGAUGUUUCUUGAUAAUCCUAUAGGCUCUGGCUUCAGUAUUGCUGCUUCAACUCAAGAAAUCCCUCGGAACCAAUACGAUGUGGCUGAGCAUCUCUUUGUAGCAAUCAAGAAGUUCAUUGGUUUGGAUGCAACUUUCAAAAGUAGGCCAGUUUACAUAACUGGUGAGAGUUAUGCUGGAAAAUAUGUGCUUGCAAUUGGGUACUACAAUUUAAAGAAGAAUCCCAGUUUGAAGAUUGAAAGUAGAGUGAAUUUGGCUGGUGUUGCUAUUGGAAACAGUUUGACUGAUCCUGAGCUGCAAGUAGCAACUCAUGCUGUGAAUGCGUAUCAUUUGGGAUUGAUAAAUGACAAGCAGAAGGCCCUUUUGGAGGAGAUUCAGUUGGAAGCUGUUGGUCAUGUGAGACGAGGGUGUUGGGAAGCAACAGAUGCAAGAACCCGAGUGCUGAACACGCUGACAAACAUGACUGGAUUGGCCACUCUGUAUGAUUCAAGGCUGACUCCUUACGAGGAUGAUCUGGUGGCUGAAUUCUUGAACAAUGUGGAGGCAAAGAGGGCUCUUGGGGCGAAUGAUGUCAUGGGGGACGUGUUGAAGGAUGAUGUGAUGAAGAGUGUGAGGUACAUGGUGGAGUUCUUGGUGAAGAACACCAGAGUGUUGCUGUACCAAGGGCAAUGUGAUUUGAGAGACGGCGUGGUUAACUUGGCGUGGAUGAAGGAGAUGGAUUGGGACGCGAUUGGUGAGUUCUUGGACGUGGAGAGGAAGGUGUGGAGGGUGGAUGGGAAGCUUGCUGGUUAUGUGCAGAGAUGGAAGAGCCUUAGCCAUGUUGUGGUGAUGAAUGCUGGACAUCUUGUGCCUACUGAUCAGCCUAUUAAUUCUCAAGUUAUGAUAGAAGAUUGGAUUUUAGAGAAGGGACUCUUUGCUGCUCAAGAAAGUGCAACACAAGUCAAAUAAUUUUAGUACUUUGCUUUGUCAUAUGUAAUAAGAAGUGAGAAGCCAAUGUUGAUGAAAUCAAACUAUUUGUCAUUCAUUGCAA